AAUAAAAUAAAUGAAAACAAUCCAAAGAAGGGGGCAAUUGAAUUGAAUUCUCUCUCCUUAGUGGGCCCCAUAAUUGAUGUACCAAUAAAAAUCUUUCCUUUAGAUAAGUAAGAAUCCCAAAGCCUUAUUAUUAUUAUUAUUAUUAACAUUAUUGUUCUUUGCUUGAUUAUGGGAUUCUUUUCCAAUUUCCACUCCAAAUUGCAAUAGCCAAGGAGUGAAGAGAGGAGUGUAUAUGAGAUGACCCUUAUGAAAAUUCUACACAAAAAUCCAUGAAAGCCCCCAUUUUUGAAAAACCCUAAACCUAAACCUAAAACCAAAGGCAACAACUUUAUAACUUUGGCUAUUUAAAGCUCUCACCUUUAUCAUAUUUUUUUGAUAAUUCAAUAUGGCACAGAAGGAAAUUAUGGAUCUUGAUGAGUGGGAGCUCAUACCAGAUGAUGGGUUUCUGGGUUUUCGUGAAGAUUGUUCUGAAAAGAAAAUCCUUUACAGAAAAUUGAGUGGGAAUACUAAUUCAGACCCAAAAGGGGUUCUCAAUGAUUACUUCAAUCCAGGAAGAUUGCCUCAAAGGGUACCGAGUCAACUCGUUCCUGUACCGAUUCCAAUUCCAAUUCAGCUCAAUUCUACAACAGCAGCAACAAAGACACGUGGCGAAACCCCAGAUGAUGAAGAUGUGGUAAUUGCAGGUGGUGGUUUGAUUGAGGCUAAUCAAGAUUCAGUCUCCAACGUUUCCUUCAAGAAAAUGAAGAAAGAAAAUGAAUUUGUCGACAUGAAAAUGGUGGAAUCACCAAAGUCCCCAACCAGAGGAGGUUUUAAUAUGACUCAGAUUGAUGCUGGUGUGUUUAAUUUUGAUCAUCAUGACAAAAUUGAAGCUGAAAAUUUGAGUAGUGGUGGUGGUGUGAUCACUUCUCCAAGAUUUAUGAACAUGAAAAAGAUGAGUGGUAACUUGGACAUGAAGGAAGAUCAUAACAAAAAUAUGGAUGAAAAUAGUGAUGGUGAUGAAGAUGAAGAUGCUGAUGAUGAUGGGCUUAACAUUUGGAAAUGGAGUUUAUCUGGGAUUGGAGCUAUUUGCUCUUUUGGUAUUGCUGCUGCUACAAUUUGUAUCAUCUUCAUUGGAAGCCACCACAGAAACCAACAGCACAAUCACAAGAUCAGAUUUCAGAUCUACAAUGAUGAAAAGAGAAUGAAUCAAGUGGUACACCAGACAAGCAAAAUGAAUGAGGCAAUGAAUGCAGUAAGAGGUAUGCCUUUGAGUAGAGCUCAUGUUACCUAUGGAGGUUACUAUGAAGGUCUUUAGAUACAGUCUCUCUCUUCUUCAACUAAAAAAUGGUGAAAGUUUCUUGGCCAUGGAUGAAUUUGAUAUGCUCUAUUUUAUUACCAUCUUUAUAAUUUUCAUAUAUAUAUAUAAAUUUUAAUAUAUCUGAAGGUAUCUCUGUUUCUGUGUUGUAGUGUUGUACAUAGUUUUGUUUGUUGUGUUCUGUAUAUAAUUCUCUCAGUUCUGCUUUGUAAUAUUAUAGAUUACUUAGCUCUUUUACUUCUUUAAGAAUAAAUUCCAAUGAUUAUAUAACUUGGCAUAUUAGUUUGAGAUUUUGGUACUUGUUGUGUGUAUGUUAAGUGAUUAUAUUUUAUGGAAAGUCAAAAAAAUUUACUCUAGAAAA